AUGAGCCCACUCACUCUGACAGCCUGGAAUGUUCGUUCCCUUUUAGACAAUCCGAGAAGCAACCGACCGGAACGGAGGACGGCGCUAGUGGCACGAGAACUGGCGCGCUACAAGGUGGACAUCGCCGCACUCAGCGAGACCCGAUUCUCCGAACAAGGCCAACUGGAGGAGGUGGGUGCCGGCUACACCUUCUUCUGGAGUGGUCGACCCAAGGCAGAGCGACGAGACGCGGGCGUCGCCUUCGCCACCCGGAACGACAUCGUGGGACGACUGCCCAGUCUGCCGCAGGGCAUCAACGAUCGCCUAAUGAGCCUCCGUCUGCUUCUCCGAGGUGGGAGAAAUUCGCCAACAUCAUCAGCGCCUACGCUCCGCCGAUGAUCAACCCCGACAUUGUCAGAGACAAAUUCUACGAGGACUUGCACGCCCUCUUGGCGACUGUGUCGAAGGCGGACAAGUUGAUUGUCCUUGGCGACUUCAACGCUCGCGUCGGCACAGACCAUACUGUCUGGAGAGGAGUGCUGGGUCCCCACGGUCUCCGCGGCUCAAACGACAACGGUCUGCUGCUUCUCCGCACUCUCCUGACUGAGAAGACACAAAUUCUACAGCGAUGGGCCGUGCAUUUCUGAGGCGUCCUCAACCGCCCUUCCGCCAUCUCUGACGCCGCCAUCAAGCGUUUGCCGCAAGUGGAGACCAACGUCGACCUCGACCUCCCGCCAUCUCUCCAGGAAACCAUCAGGACCGUUCAGCAGCUCUUCAGCGGGAAAGCACCCGGAUCGGACGCAAUCCCUGCUGAGGUCUACAAGCACGGGUGUCCCCAACUAAUGGAUCACCUGACUGCGCUCUUCCAGGAGAUGUGGCGUCAAGGCGAAGUCCCACAAGAUUUCAAAGACGCAACCAUCGUGCAUCUCUACAAGCUGCGACAAUCACCGCGGCAUCUCCUUGCUGAACAUUGCCGGGAAUAUCUUCGCUCGCAUCCUGCUCAACCGCCUCAAUAACCAUCUGGAACAGGGCCUUCUGCCGGAAAGCCAAUGCGGCUUCCGUCGUCAUCGUGGGACCACGGAUAUGAUCUUCGUCGCCCGUCAACUUCAGGAGAAGUGUCAGGAGAUGCGGACCCACCUGUAUUCUACCUUCGUGGACCUGACGAUAGCCUUCGACACGGUGAAUCGUGAAGGACUGUGGAAGAUCAUGCAGCAAUUCGGCUGUCCGGAGCGAUUCAUUCAGAUGGUGCGUCAGCUGCACGACGGUAUGAUGGCGCGAGUCACGGACAACGGAGCUGUCUCAGAGUCAUUCGCAGUGACCAACGGAGUGAAGCAGAGAUGCGUGCUGGCGCCUACCCUCUUCAGUCUUAUGUUCUCUGCCAUGCUGAUGGACGCCUACCGCGACCAACGCCCCGGGAUCCGCAUCGCCUACAGGACGGACGGUCACCUCCUGAAUCAACGGCGGAUGCAAUUCCAAUCGCGCGUAUCCACAACCACCGUUCACGAACUCCUCUUCGCCGACGACUGCGCCCUGAACACCACCUCGGAAGAGGAGAUGCAACGGAGCAUGGACCUAUUCUCCGCCGCCUGCGAGAACUUCGGUCUGCUCAUUAACACGCAGAAGACGGUGGUGAUGCACCAACCGCCACCCAACUCAGCCACAGCUCCCAACGCGCCGCCGCAAAUCAGCGUGAACGGAACCCGACUGCAAGUGGUGGAGAACUUCCUGUACCUGGGCAGUACUCUCUCCCGCAACACCAAGAUCGACGACGAAGUCGCCAACAGGAUCUCGAAAGCCAGUCAACCCUUCGGUCGCCUCCAAAGCACAGUUUGGAAUCGCCACGGUCUUCAGCUGAGCACGAAGCUGAAGAUGUACAAGGCCGUCAUCCUGCCGACACUACUGUAUGGAGCGGAGACUUGGACGGUGUACACGAGUCAGGCACGCCGUCUGAACCACUUCCACCUCAUUUGUCUCCGUCGCAUCCUGAGGCUGAAAUGGCAGGAUAGAAUCCCCGACACUGAUGUGCUGGAAUGGACGGGAAUCCUCAGCAUCUACACCAUACUGAGGCAAAUCCAGCUGCGAUGGAGCGGCCACCUGGUGCGCAUGUACGACGAGCGACUACCCAAAUGACUCUUCUACGGAGACGUCGCGGCGGGUUCUCGCUGUCAAGGAGGCCAGAUCCACCGUUAUAAGGAUACCCUGAAGUCCUCCCCGAAACGCCUGCAAAUCAACCCGACCAACUGGGAGGAGCUCGCACUCGAUCGACCGACCUGGAGGAGGACAGUGAAGACAGGCGCUGCGACAUACGAAGCCAACCGCAUCGCUCCCGCCAAAGCGAAACGCGAAGCCUGUAAAUCACAACUUCGCCCAGUACGCAACGCCGCCACACAACCGCUUCCAACGUGUCCUCGAUGUCAACGGACAUUCCGGGCUCGAAUCGGACUUGUUGGACAUCUUCGGAUUAACUGUGCAUCUCGAACGUCACCAACGAUCGUCCCCCGCCUGCCUCUUCCUCCUCCUCUCCGCCGCCAACUAGCCCUGACAAUUCUUCUGACCCACCACUUCCAUCCUCCUCAUCCUCUUCCUCCUCCUCCACCUACUCCUCCUCCACUGCUUCAACGGCGGCCGCUCAGGCGACUGUCACGCGCGCAAAAACAGACACCACCACCACCUCCCCCGACUCCAGUGACGAGGACCAGGACUACACCCGCCCUCACUGCGACCGCACCUUCAUUUCACACAUCGGCCUGGUCGGUCACUUGCGAAUCCAUCGCACAGAGACCGGCGAACCAGUGCCAGGAGCACCAACCUGCACCCACCUCACUCGCAUAUGGUCACUGUAA